CGAGUACGUUCGAGAUAUCUAUGGAUUGUUAGUGUGUGUGCUGGAAGUUGGGGGCAAAACGUGUUAACGGGGCGCAAGUUUUGCUAUAAAUACCGCCAUAUCCCAUCUUUUUGAGGAUGUUAUUUCUUAUCCUCAACUCACGGAGCAGACUUGGCUCAGCCAAGAUUCUAUCCCAGUAGCCCUACCCGCCCUUCAUCGUUCCAACUCAUUGGCUCCCAGCUGACCCUGCCAACCACACCUUCAUCGGCGCGCCUAGCUACCACUCCCUUCAACAUGGUCUACAAAGUUAUGGUCCUCGCCGGGCGCAAGGACGGCAUCACCCACGACUACUUCAAAUCCCGCUACGAGCAGCACAUGCACCUCAUGGCCAAGCUCGCGGGCGACGCCGCCCCGCUGAAGCACACAAGGUGGUACCCGAAGCACGAGGGCCCGGAUGAUAAGCCCGUGUUCCUCGCCGGCUCCCCCGACUCCAUGUUUCACGACGUUAUCGCCGAGAUCACCUGCGAGAGCGAGGAGGCUUUUGGCGCGUUUGUUCAAUCCUUGAACACCGACGAAGCCAAGGCUGCCAUCGCGGCUGACGAGGCAGGAUUCUGGGACAGGAAGCGGCAGAGCGUUGUCGUUAUUGGCAAUGUCGAGGUUUGGGAGGGGAAAGAGAACUAGGGGCAGUCUCGCGGUACAAUCCUUAGUCCUACACCCGGGCGACGACCAACCCAGUAUAUAGCCGGCCUCUUGCUACCAGCCAGCAAAAAGUAAGCUUGCCUUUUUGAUCGCACAACAACAGCUUAUUAAACAAAACUUUAAUGUUGCGUCAUAAUUUUUUGUUGCGCGUUGUUACAGGCUGGUGCCCGGAGUAAAAGGCUCUGGCCGAAGCCGGGCCACGACCACACUAAGCCCCUCCGACUUCGCAGCAAGAUUUACCCUCACGCCCGAUAAGCUUCGCCGGACCCGCGUAGGUUAUCGGGAUAGGGUGGCUUUAAAGCCCCUCCAACCCCGUAGCAUUGUUACAAACAAAAUUGCACUGCUCCUAAAGUAAAGCAGCUUAAAGAAAGCGUUCAUAGUAUUAGCUAGCUUAAAUUAAUUAAUACCGGUGUAUUUAUUAAAGCUACUUGAUAUAUUUAUUUAU